AUGGACUUGUCUGAACCAGAUGACACACUUCCCAACACGCCUGAAGACUUCUCAGAUGUCACUACUCUCGAAGCCACAGAUGCCUUUGCCUUACUUCGCCCCGUCUCGUCGACUGCGCAAAAUGCAUUCAAUGCUAGCAUGAAUUAUAUCUUGAAACAUGCUCAGCAAUUUGACGAAGAGCAUUAUCGUCAAUUCCUGCACGCUGAACGAGCUGUACCAAGAGCCGCUAGUAUCUACUCCGAAACCGAAGAUGCUAGUGCAGAAGAACACCAUUCCGAGCCAGCGUUCAAACGCUGGAAUGGAGCAUUCAAAUUCAGUCUCCGGAAGUCUCCACGCGAUGCCAAGGCAGGAUGGUAUUUGGGUGUUAGAGAUAGCAAGUCUCGCCCUCCCAACCAAGGAGUCGAUCUCCUCCUCGCUCCACCAACCCGAGAAUGGAUAGGAAAGGGUAUAUCGGAGAGUCAUGCGCGUUUAUAUUUUCAUCCGGAGUCCUAUCGUAUGGUUUUACAGGCACGGCAUACGGUGGUGGUCGGGCAUAUCGGGAAGACGAUCAGAAACUCGCAGGUUGAAGUCCUUAAUGAUCCAGACUUGAUUGUGUUGGAUAACUUCGUGUACUCUUUCGAAUAUACCAGUCAUUUCCGAAGCCCAGAAUUUGAGGUAGAGCUUUCUGAUUAUUUGAGAAGGUUCUAUAAGCCUCAACGGACCAUCAACAAGCUACUUUCGCCUGUAUCUAUCGGUGCGCCAACUACUCUUGGGAAAUACUACUGCUCACCCAAGGCGUUUGCGCAAGGAACUUUUGGAGAAGUGAUAGCAGGAUGGACCCGCGACGGAUCAAGCGUAGCUAUCAAACAUUUCAAGAACCCCAACGAGAGAAAGAUACAGGCGCAUGAAGAACUUAUGCAGAUCAUUGGAGAACACCCGAAUGUUUUGCAGCUCUUGGAGUGUGUCGCGGCUUUCCAAGGCCCAAUUCCCACCGCUCACUGCAUAUACUCGCCGCUAGCAAUCAUGACCUUGAGAGAUAUAAUCAACUCAUUUGAUACGAACACUUUUACGCAGCAUAUCUUGUUUGAAAAUUACCUUAGUGGUCUCUCCUACCUGCAUGGCAAGUGCAUCAUGCAUAGGGAUAUAAAACCAGAGAACAUGGCAGUUCUAUCUUUUCAUGACCCUAGGGGAGUACUUCUUGAUUUUGAUGCAGCCACGACUUCUCUCACAUCAGCAGACCACAUGCAGGGCACCAUCCCCUACCUUGCCCCUGAAAUUAUCGCGCUCAAGGACCGCAGACCUUCACCUUAUGCAGUGCUGAUCCCGUACGACAAAAGUGUUGACAUCUGGGCACUUGGAUUAAGCAUGUUCGCCUUCAUCACGAGCCGCCCCUGGAGCUGGAGAUACUUUCAGGGCGAGCGCGGACCUGACAUUUAUUCAGAGCUUGAAUAUGAUCGUUUUCGUGCCCACCUCAUCAAACUAACAAAAGCGGGCGACGCAAGAUAUGAGUCGAGACGUCUGCUCUUCGAUUACAUUGGAUUCAUGACUGAAAGUCACCCCAAAAAUAGGAAGACCGCAUCAUCGCUGCUGAAGCUUGCUCGGUCCUAUAUCGCAAACAGUGUAAAUGAGAGCAUCAGCAUUACUCCAAAACGCACUAGCAAACACAAGCUGGAAGAAGAGAAUCCGGAAACCAAAAUGAGUAAACGGCCGCUGAUUGAAUAG